CCAACCAACUUAGAAAUCAUUUAUUUCUCUCUUCACAAGUCUCCUUCGUUCUCUCUCACCGGAAUUUCAACCUCCGGCGCCGGCCAAGAUGAUGCACAUGACGUUCUACUGGAGCAGGCAGGUGACGCUCCUGUUCGACUCGUGGAAGACCACCACGUGGCUCGGCUACGCCCUCACGCUCCUCGCCUGCCUCAUCGUCCCGGCCUUCUACCAGUACCUCGAGGACCUCCGCGUCCGCGUCCGCCUCGCGUCGUUGCCGUCGACGGCGGAGGAUCCGAUCCAGAUUACGCUCCUGCAGGGAAAGCUCGGCCCGGGAGGGAGAUUCUCGGCGGUGAAGCUGGCCGGGGCCGCGAUAUUCGCCGUGAACUCCGCGAUCGGGUACAUGCUGAUGCUGGCGGUGAUGUCAUUCAACGGCGGUGUUUUCGUGGCGAUCGUGGUGGGGUUGGCGGUUGGGUAUUUGUUGUUCAGGAGUGGCGAAGAGGAGGUUUCGGCUGUGGUUGACAAUCCCUGCGCUUGUGCUUAAAAUCAUAUUUAGAUGUUUGUAUGAUCGAAAACCAAAGAUUUGCUGAUUGCAAUUUCUCAUGUUUUUCACGAAUCUGGUUGCUUUGUAUUUUGCCUCUUUUUUUGAGGUUUGUAAAAAAUUUGUGGAAUUAUAUGCAUAAUUAGAAAGCA